AAUAAUAAUGAUCGAGUCUUUCUAAUAGCAAUGCGAACAAAUCUAUUCUGAAAACCAAGAAAGUAACAUCGAAUAUCAUAUUCUAGUCAUAAAAGAGUUGAACAAGCUGAAGCAAAGUGCUCUUGAAAAAAAUCAAGAAAUCUUGAAAUUGCAACAUAUGUUUAAAGAAGUUGAACAAGAAUAUUAGCCUAUUCACGAUAAGAUAAAAUCAAUCAAAGAUUAGUUCUAAGAUUCCGAACUCAAUAAGCAAGCCAUUUGUGAUUCCCUUGAUGAUCUGGAGAAUCUGAUAAUGCGUUAAUUUGCCGAAUAAAUAAAAGGGAGCAAAAAAUCUAAAAAGACUUUAAAAAAGGAAUCUCCCUCAAAAGGAAAAAUAAACAACGAAAAUGAUCAAAACACAAUCAAUCUCAGAAAACGAACAAUCAAAUUGCAAAGUUAUGAUGACAAUUCUUAAACAAGUGAAUCUAGUGAACCAAUUAAAGUAUCGAAAAAGAAAGUUAAAACAAAUACUGAAGCUCUGGAUAAAGCCAAUUGUCUAAUUAACGAGAUUUUUUAAUUUAAUUGAGCAUCA